AAAACCGUCAAUCCGCCGCCGGGCACGAACCGCCACGCACCUGCCCGCCUCCCACGGUCGAGCCCAAACACCCGAUCCGGUAAAUUUUUCCACAAGGCGAUCCAACGGCCAGAGCACAGCGCGACGUGUCCCGACUCGUUGCAUCUCUGCCGUCCACGUUCCCCCUACCUUCGCCGGAGGUCGCUGGGCUUCCACCCGCGGGCCCCGCGAAGGCAGACGAGAUCUAACGUUGCAUCGCGAUCCGACGGCGGGGGCGGCUCCUCGCCUGCGGCCUCCAGGUGUUACGUUCAUAUUUAAACGCGUCAAGCAGCUGCGUCUUACGUUCGGCACAUCACCACACGAAGUGUAACGGUCGACGACCCUCCGUUACCGCUAUAAAACGGCAUGGCGAGCGCUACCAUCUCACCUGUAGCACCACCACCAGCAGCAGUUGCGCCGCUUCCACUGCAGGCGUCGCGGUUGGAGCCGGAGGGGCCUCGUCGCCAAGGUUUCCUCAUGGAAGCGCCUCCCCGAGACGAUAACAAUGACAAUUCCAACCACCACCCUAUUCUCUCAAUCCGCCGCGGGUAUCGGCGCCGCCACUGCCUCCCCCACAACCCCGACCCGGCCAAGCGCAUCCGCCGCGCCGAGGGGGAGAGCUCCCGAUCCGCCUCCGGCACCGACCCGCUCCCCCAGGAUGACGGCUCCGGGAAGAUCGACGAGAAGAACGCCACCGACGCCUCGCCGCUGCGCCGCGCGAGUUGCCUGCAAUCCCUGGCGCACGGGUCAAUGUCGGUGCUGGGGAGGCGGAGGGACAUGGAGGACGCGGUGACGGAGGUAACGGGUCUCGCCGCGACGGCGGCGGGGGCGGGCGGGUACGCGUACUUCGCGGUGUACGACGGGCACGGGGGGGCGAUGGUGGCGCGGGCGUGCCGCGACAGGCUGCACGUGGCGGUGGCGGAGGAGGUGUGGCGGCGGCGUGCCGCGGGCGAGGGCGAGGGACCCGAGAUGUGGAGGCGGGCGCUUGAGGCGGGGUUCGCGAGGGUGGACGCCGAGGUGAUGGAGGCCGCCCGGGCGAUGAAGAAGGGGAUGGUGGGCUCAACGGCGGUGGUGGCGGUGGUUGCCGAGAAGUGGAUCGUGGUGGCCAACUGCGGCGACUCAAGGGCGGUGCUCUCCCGCGGCGGGGUAGCCGUGCCACUGUCAAUCGAUCACAAGCCUGACAGGCCCGAUGAGCUCAGGCGAGUGGAAGCUCUAGGAGGGAGAAUCCUCUGUUGGGACUGUCCUCGUGUCCUAGGAGUACUAUCCACUUCUAGGUCAUUUGGUAUGUACAUGUUCAUACUUGAUCGAUGACAAAGGUAAAUACAAUCAUUCAAUUACUUAGUUUAGAAUAUAAAAGCUAAUGUUCAGCCAUGACAAAAUUGGAUAAAUGAGUUCCCAUUGAUCAUGGUCCUUCCUUAGAAAAUAGAGGGAAUAAGUCUUUCUCUUUUUGAGUAUUGAGCGAGGAAAAUCUACAACAUGAAACCAGUUAUAAAAGAGACCAGACGCCAAUUCUGGAGUCUUCGUUUAUAGGCUUAUCAAAAUACUACUAUGACAACAAAUCAACUGCUUUACAACAGUUAGCAGAAUCCAAAUUAUAGAACAGCUCUUCAUCUUUUUUAUUAUAUGCCAUCCCAAAUAUUGAAUGAUUAGCUUUUGAAAUUGCAAGGCACUUUAAGUUAUCAGUGUUGUCAAUUCUCUUCAUUACUAUUUCUUCUAUGACUGGCGUAUCUAUAUUUCUGAAUCGAUGGCUUCUCUGUCACUUGAGUCACAGUAAGUUUAUUUCAACUCAUCAAAUUCUGGCUUUCUCAAUCCCGAACUACAGGGGAUUACCUUCUGAAGCCAUACGUCAGCUCGGAUCCCGAACUUACGGUGACUGGUCGCACCGAGAAGGAUGAGUUCCUGAUACUAGCAAGCGAUGGGCUGUGGGAUGUCAUAUCGAGCGAGAUGGCAUGCAGGGUGAUCAGGAAAUGCCUCGAGGUCUUGGCAUCCGAUGGUUACCCAUGUGGAGUGGCUAAUUCUGCUGCUAAAGAAGCAGCUGCUGUGUUGGUCAGGCUUGCCAUCUCUCGGGGCAGCGUAGACAACAUCAGUGUGGUGGUGGUAAAGCUCUAAUGCUGGCAUGGUGGUUGUCACGUCUGCAUCAAUGCAGAUUUGCAUUCAUAAAUUUCAAGAUGUGCCUUCUUUAUAGCCUCUCUAGUGCCGUAAGAGUGUUUCAUGUCUUAGUGUUUAGGUAAAUGUAACAUAGAUGUUACGUGGUAAAUGUAUGAAAGCUUCAGUUUCUAGUCUGUUAGAUGUAUCGACAGAGGAAGCAAUGUGUCUAUA